UACUUUUGGAGUGGAACGACCGGCGAGGAGUCGUGCAGUCGUCCUGAAUACUUGUCGCCGCUGAUCGGAGACUACAUUGCCUCGGGGCCUCCGCUUACUUGGAACAGUCGCGGGCUAAGAUGAGGGAGGCGCUCGUUAUCGCGUUCGUGGCCGCCCUGGCGUCCCUGUUCGUCGUCCUGCUCGGCCUCGUCCUGCUUCGGCACUGGUGGCAGCGCCGCGGCGCCGUCCCGGCGUCCACCCGCGGCGGCUUCGUCCUGUUCGACGUCUGCCUCUCCGACGACAGGCGGCAGCCACGCGCCGCGAGGCCGCCGUCGUCCGUGGAGCGGAGCCGGUGGCGGGCGCCGCGGGAGCGCGGGGACAGCGAGGCCGCCGCGGCGGUCGAGGCGGAGCCCGACGAGUGCGAGAUCGCGCGGUGGAAGAAGAUCUUCGGGGGCCCCGCGAGGUGCCUGUCCACGAUAGACGAGGGGACGGAGAAGGGCGGCACGACGGCGGCCACGACGCCCGCGUUCUGCACGCCGCCGGCGUCGCCCGACCGCCGGGAGGCCCGCGCCGCCCGGCCUCUCGACAUGGCUUCCAUCGCGGCGCAACUUAAGGCUUAGCGCCAUGGUACUUUUGGUUCCUUUCCUGCGUUGCUGGAUGCGGUACGAUUCUUGAGCAGUAACAGUUAGUUCAUCGAUCUAUUGCCAGGUACCACUACAUAUGAUUCUUGUAGAAGAUCAUGCAAAACGUAGCAGUAAAGUAUUUGUAGAUGGAUGAAUUAUUUGUCUAACAGAGCUUCUAGAACAGCAUCAGUAUACUACUCCUACAAUUACCUGCAGGUUGCGAUUGUCCCCGUUGAUCAGUUUUACCAGUCUACCAAAAUCAUUGACAUUCCAUAA